AUGUUUCUACUUUACUUGUUCGAUUCUUCUGCUGUUUCCCGUCUUUCUCUUUCAUUAUGGUCGUGAAAGCAGAUUGAUUGCCAUUGCAUCAGUUCAAACAUUGUACAGGUUCAUGCACUUGCUCUUCUGGUGAGUCUGAGUGACGCAUGAAGUGGUGGAAACUACGUACUAUAUUGUCAUUGGAUAAAAAGGAUAAGGAGCAGCUUGUCCUCGUCUUUCCUUAGCCCGAGUGCCCCGCCCUUCUUGGAAGAGCGAGACACCUGCAGGACCGCGACCGUAUGUUGAUGUGCUCCUCGUCGCACUCGCUCGUCCAGCUAUGUGUUGUACUUUUGGUUUUAUCGAAGAAAAAAACUGUAUCUGUUACACAUAUGCCGAAAAAACACCGAAUUUUUUCUUAGUAAAAGUAAAAAAAUAUUUGAGCUGUCGAACCCCGCGGUACCUGAUGUCGGUUGAUGUUUGUAUUGCAAAUUAUGUAGAUAUAAUCUAGCUACGGUUGCUUCAAGUUAACUAAGUAGCUAAGGAGGCAGGUAGUUUAUAUUCUCGGGACCGGAACCGGACAGCGACCAGCAGUAGACCAGGAUGAACCACUCUGGCCCCACCUCGUAACACCAGGGGAUUCUGUACGUACAUGAAGUCCUAGUCGGUUGACGAGCUUGGCCUUAUCCUCGGUGUCCAAAUACAGCAGUGCUUCGGUGAACCUGAUUUGAGGUUGUUUCAGAAUAGACCAUAAUUAGCAUGACAGAUUCGCAAUCCAAGUAGCCAAGAACCAUAGAAAGUGAGUCUUUUUGGUGUAUAUAGUGGCAGGCCCCUCCCGUGUUGAGGUACCCCUACCAGCCCCGCUAGCGCCACCCACUGUAGAGAGCUGUCCCGCACCCGGAGUUUUGCCCCAGAGACUCUGCCUCGAGGGCUUUAAAGGGAAGCGGCCUGCUGUCGAGGCCCUUAUCUUCAGGCCUUUAGGACCCAACACCAAGAAGCCCACUCAAACAUGGGCUCGCAGCCGCAUGAGAUUGAAGAGUGGUCCGUGAAAGAGAUGACCGCGAUUCUAGCGCGGCACUUUCAUGUUCAACAAACCCCGCUCGUCCAGCUAUGUGUUGUACUUUUGGUUUUGUCAUCAUGUAUAGGCUCUCGGAAAUUCAUGUGAGCAUUGCACCAGCAGUUUGUUGUGUAUUUAGGCUCUCGGAAAAUUUGCACUAGCGCCAGCAGAUGCCCCAACUACCUCCUCCCCCAACCCCCGCUACCUCCCCUGGGGCCCGAGCCUUCUCCUUCCCAACCCAGUCCACCUCCUCUACAAGUUCAGCCGCCUACUCCCUGAGCCAGGUCUUCUCCUGUGGGCCCCGGCCCCCUUCACGCGGAACCCAGACCACUUCUUCCACAGCCCAAGCGCCCUCAUCCGGAGCCCGGGCCCCAUCCUUCCAAACCUACGCCACAUGCUUCGGAACCCACGCGCCCCUCGUCCCAACCCGGAAACGGCCCCGGCCCUCACGCUGCUUUCUUCUAAAUGGCCAGACCCGAGGCACUUCAGCUUUGAAGGCAAAGCCCAUCGCCCCCUUCUGAGCUGAGGCCGCUCAACCCUUGCAGACCUACCUGCCCCAGAGGCCGAAGCGGGAGGAGCCUGCCUAUGCUGGCAUCCACGUGGGGCCGUGUCAUUUGUCCCGCCUCGAGCCACCUCGCAGUCGGGGGCGGGUUUUACAAAAUUGGCCGGAGUUGAGGCGCUUCACUUCACGAAGGGCAACCAGCUUGCCGAACCACGGCGAAGGCGCUCAGCUUUGUUGGCUUUGCUUGUCCAGGGCCCGAAACCUCUUGCGCCCUGGCCUAUGCGAAGCCGGGCGCGGACCUAAUGCCCUUCCUUUUCCGAGCUGGCCCUAGCGUGGCGCCACAUCGACGACGACUUAAAACACCCCACAAGAGAAUGCCUGGAGGGCGCCGGAAGGAGGGCUCGGGCAGCCACCUUCCGGCAAAGCCUUGCAGCUACACACCGCUCGUCCAGCUAUGUGUUGUACUUUUGGUUUUAUGGCGAUACUAAGUACGGAUUUCUCAAAAGUGGAAAAAAAAUUCAGGGUCCUCACGGGGCGUCAUAGAGCUCCGCUGAGCGUUUCUGAUGAGGUCGCGACGCGCUCUUGGUCGCUUUGUCAUGCUUAAGAAGCUAGCUAGAUGAAUACACACGCCGAGCCUAUGAGCUACGCCGGGCACGUCCGGAGACUGUGCCAGCAAGCAGGCGCAAUGCGCGGACCUUGGCGGGGCUGCCCCGACAGAGUCUGCGGGGAGAAUUCUUGUCGCCCGGAGCUUCUGCCCCCUGCUUGCGUCGAUGCAGUGCCAAAUGAAAAAUGGACACCGUACGAUGGGAAGGACGCUAGCCACUGUGCCCACCCUUCGUCCCUUCGGGGGGCGCUGGCUGUCGAACUCGCAAGACACCCCCGGGGGACUCACAUGGACGCAGCGUGGCGAGUCCCCUCUGCAUACGGGCCAGGCGCCGUUCUUCUGUGCUCAGGCGCACCACCCCGAAACCGGCUGCAUCUACAUAGCGCACAAAGCUUCUUUGCGAGCUGGCUCCCGGCUGCGCCGCGAAGCACCGCGGAAAAACUGAACAAACAGCCUCGCCCGCGAGGCUUGCGGGCACUGACAAAAACGGCGCGCAACUGGUGCUUUCGCACUCCUGCAAAACGUGUUUCUUGGCCUGAUGUCUUGUUCGUGUCACCCCUCCGGGAGGGGUACCCAGGAGGGGUAGCCAAAAACGCCCUUUUUUGCGCUUCCCCCGAUGCUACGAGGGGUACCCAAAAAAGGCCUUUCAGGGGUAGCCGAAAGGCCGUUUGCUUCUUUUUUGUCCGGGGGUGGAUCCGGCCUUUCAUUUUCUGAAAUGAGCAAGAGGCGAGUGCGUUCGACGUGGGGCUUGCCAGGAUGUCGGGAACCGCAGCCCACAAUGGGGGUCUAUGGAAGACGGGAAGGGCAAGCCUCUAGAGGAACUCACGGAAGAGGCCGCGGCAUCGUUUGCGAACGGGCGGAGCGUCUUUUUUUCGCCCUAGCCCGCGCCGUGCGUGUGCUUUGCAUUUGCCAGCGCAAUAUUGCGAAGGCAGUUACCUCAUCGCAGGCAAACCCUCUCCAGAGCUUACCGCGCUCGUGUUUUUUUGCCUUUUCCUUAACCCCAGAGGGGCGGCGAGUGUUGUCGGCGUGCGGGGCAACGGGAUGGCGGCCGCAGGGCUCAAAGGUAGCCAGCUACGUGUCGCACUCGCUCGUCCAGCUAUGUGUUGUACUUUGGGUUUUGUCAUCAUGUUAGCAAUAGGCCAGACCCGGCAGGCCCUUUUCGGUAGGUCGGUAGGUAGUUAAGUACGGCGAUGCUGUGAACUAGAUGGCAUUGGCGUUAGCUACCUCGAGCGUGGUCGUAGUGUCUUUCCUCCCGUGACUUUACCCUCCUACCUACCUACCGUCAUCGGGUCGGCCACAGUCAUGCACGUCUCAGCGCGAGGCGAGCUACCCGACCUACCUUCUACUAUCGGCCGAGCUGCCACAGAGCAUAGGUCUCGAGCCGCCCUACCUACCUACUAGUGACUAGCUUCCGUAGCUGGUGCGGAUCACAGGGCGCCCAUCUACCUACCUACGGCCCGCCCUAUCUCUUAGCAGGUUCCUUCCCUUUCAACAAGUCCCGACGUGCCCUACCUACCUACUUCCGCCCGGCGCCGCUAGCUCGCGCGGGUCAGAGAUGAUCUCCGAUCUGCCCUACCUACCUACUGCCAGCGACUAGUAGUCGCUGUGUAUGCGGGUGGCGCAGAUGAGAGAUCCCCGACCCGCCCGACCUACCUACUAUGGAGCGCGGCCCUUGCCUGCCGCUAGGCAACAUUCCCGGAUCUACUCGACCUACCUACUUAUGUGCAUUUAGGUCGGGAAGGUCGAGGCUUCGCUUCCGACUGGCGCCAACUACAUGCAGGCAAUGCCGUGCAGUAGGUAGGGCGGGCUGAUGCCAGCUAGAGGCGCCCAACAGAAGCCAAAAAAUUUCCGCACUAGCCCUACCUACCUACUCCACCCGGUUGCCUUUUGACCUCUGUGGCUGGCGGGGGUCAUAGGUCCCCGACCCAUCUACCCGACCUACCUACCAUGUGCCGCUGACUGCAAGUGGCCCGGGCCGGGGGACUGCAACGCGCCCGACCUACCUACCCCCGCCCUCUGGCUGGUGGAGCUGGCGGCGCUUCGAGUUCCGCGGCCGCGCCCUACCUGACCUACCUACCAGACGGCGGGUCUGGGCUGUGCGUCGCUGGCGGCGAUCAGAAAACAAGCCCGGCCUUCCGGGCCUGGCUCCGACGGCCCGUAGCUGGCCCCGACCGGUGCCAGCUAGGCCAAGUGCCCGACCUACCUACCAGGAUAGUGGCGGGCCGGCGGGAGCCAGUGUUGGGUUGCCCGGCCUGCCUCCUGAGGUGUGUCGGCCGCCUGCGCAAAUCAGGGCUAGGCGGUCUCCCCGGUCCACCUAUUGCUGUCGUUGUGUGGUGGCGCGGCUGAUCCGCGCCACCACACUGCCCUGAUCCCUCCGGUCCGGGCAAGUGUUACACCUGCCCGGCGACCAGGGAGGGCAGGUGCUGCACUAGCAUCACCUGCCCGACCUACCUACUGCUGCGCCUGCCGCCGGGGUCUGGCGCGGGUGCGCCCUCCCCCUCUGCCCGAGCUACCGCACUAGCCGGGGGAGGGGCGUCGGCCAGCGCUCUAGAAUACAGGUCCCACUCACGACCUACCCCAAUCGCCGGCACAGAGGGCCCACACGCAGCCGAGCACAGGUGGCUUAACUUAAAACCAGGCCGCCCCCCCGGCCUAGCAGCUAGCUCAUAUGAGGCAGACCAAAACUAUUGUAUUGUGUCAGCUAGCAGUAGCUAUCAUAUGCUCGUCCAGCUAUGUGUUGUACUUUGGGUUUUGUCAUCAUGUUAGCAUUCAAUUUCGCUUCGUUCCUAUCGUCCUAUCGAACUUGACCAGCCACCCGACACGCCCUAUGGCGUGAUCGGAGGAGAGAGGGCAAGGGCGUCUCGGUCCCUCACCGUAGAGACAGUCGCCAGGGAUGUCUCAAGGCCCCUCCCAAGAUGUAUCCUCUGUCACCACGAAAACCACGUGGGCACGAGGAAACAGCGCACCGGGUGGGUGGGCGGGAUCGAAAGAAAAUUAAGAACCAUGGCACGACCCCCGCCUCGAAUGCGGGUCCAGUCGUGCCGCCGUGCAUUAGCUUACCAGGGAUCUGCUAGCCCUCAUCCUCCAAGGCCAAAAGCAACAAAAGCGCCUCAACCGUUCGAUACAAAACCGUCAAAGACGCAACCUCGAGCACCCUGAAGGCCAUCGGCGUAGCAGCCUAUAGCUAACGAGUCGCGCCCCAAGUCCCGGUAGCCCGCAAAAACCCAUUCCUGGUGGUGCUGGACAAGAAUUGCAAAGGCGGAACCAAUUUGAAUAACCAGCGCGCCGCACUCAUAGCUCAACGGCCCGGCCAUGUUUCAAACAGCAAACUGAGCCAGGACGCUGACGUCCUACACGGGUCCAUACCUCAACCUGUAAGCCGUAGCACCGCUGACCACCGUGCCUUGGGGUUCCAAAAAUAAACAAGGGAUGGCACGGUGAGAGAGAACAACUACACCCCCAGACAAGGCCUACAUCCCGGCACAUGAUAGACCACUUGAACAAGUGGCACCCGCGCGCACCUCCUGGCGCUCGCCGUAAACCCGGUAGGCCCCCAGUUCCGAUAAAAGUGAAGGGACUAAAGCCGACUUGCCCAUAUUACCCAGGGCCCAACGACGCCGAUCGACCCGAAAUUGACCCCCUAAGUGAGGAAGCAGACCAACAGGGAGCAGCGCGACCUCCGAAGCCUUUCGGAGACAUUAGUGCAACACGACGGAAGUGGAAAUGGACUCAGACCCGAGCUAGUGACGAACGUAGCAUCCCGAGUGACAAACACGGACAAGUACCGCGGAGAAGAUCGCCAAAGCCGCCGCCCAAAAAUGCGAAAGAGACCUUACCCAAAUCAUAGCCGGAAUAACACACCCGGAAGCCAGAGGGUAGUGCAGCCUGCCGAACGCAGUAAAGGAGAUAUCCGAGCAAACCUAUCAACAGGAGACUGUGGCGCACCACAACCUAAGAGCCGCCAAGGCGCCCUGGACUUCGACUUGGAAUCCGAGGCAUACAACAGCCCCUAAAAGUACAACGAACUUGCGCCGCGCAAAAAAAUGGCACGCGGCCCCCUCCUGACCCGGGAAAGGUAGACCCCCUAGCAGCGAGGAACCUCAUGGCAAGAGCCCUCGGGUCCUGCUCAAUACAACAGGCAGCUGACUGAGCGAAACCUUGCUGCGAUAUCCGCGUCGUCCGUGCCUGGAGUAAACAAUCAACGGAGCUACCGGGCUGUCCUAACCCGUCUCAUUCGAACUUCCUAGUAGCGCCCUGGUGCCCCAAAGCAACUUCCCUCCGCCAUGAAUUCGACGCCACCAAAAAUAGCCACGGACUCAGCCGUCAUGCCCCACAGCAGGUCCUGUCCUUCUCCUUAUCUCUGCAGCCUGCCUGUUCCCUGAUUCUUGUCCCUGGCCCUACCUUCGAAGCGUGUUUGCUUAAUGCCUUACCAUGCGGGCCCCUUCCUAAGUCGAUGUAAAUCCUGCAGCCUCACGCCCUGCGAGAGAGUAAGUAAGCCCUGCACCAGCCAGCCGUCAGGGACUGCCCUGUCCGUAGAUAAAAAAGCCUCUGGUUCCUUGUGCCAGGUAUGCCACUGAAUGUGUGACAAGGUGAGUAGCCUGCCUCCGAAGCCUUCGCUAACUUAGCCCGUAUGUACCACCGAAGCCGCGAAAUGCGAGCUCUGUCAUCCUAGCCAGCACCCACAGUGCUUCCACCCCCUAGCGAAGAAAUAAGAAAUCAUAAGCAGAAAAGUCAGAAGUCAAAAGGAAAAGCUCUGCGCUGACCUCCUAGUCCUAGCCAGACCGUGCGCGCGAGCAUUAGCAAACCGCCGUACUCCUCCUGCCACCAUGAUGUCCAUCCUUUACCUAUUCCUUUACCAUUUCCUAUUCCUUCCGUAUCCUUGAAUGAUAAUAAAGAUGCAGUCCUGCCGUGCCUGCCAGGGAGCCAAACCCGCGUCCCUGAGCCCUGACGCCCUGCUCUCCGAACCAGAGCUGCCUAGUUUUUCCGAAGGAGAACUUGAGGGCCACCUCACCAGGACCAGGUCCAGUCGUCGCGCCACAAACUCGCUCGUCCAGCUAUGUGUUGUACUUUGGGUUUUGUCAUCAUGUUAGCAUUCAAUUCAAAUUCUGAGGAAGAAACAAGAUCCCCUCGCCACUGCUAGAUAGAGUCUAGAAAAACAAAAAGUAAGUGCCGACUCUUAGUUAGAUAGAAAUGGAAGCUGCCUCGUCAACGCGGCCACUGAGCCCAACCAGAGCAAGACUGGGUCUUGUACAACUUUCCUGCGUUGCAACUGUUCAGAAUUGAAGACAGCAUACGACCUACACAGAAGUGGCUUAGACAAGAACUGAAGAUUUCGCAUCUGCAUUUUGAUUAGAAAAAAUUUACUAAGGAAAUUGUACUGAAGAAGUAAGAGCAACAAAAGCCGUGCCGUUCAUCUUCCGCAACUCUCAAGAACCCUGCGAGGACCGCGGUUAUACUACUCCUCUCUGAUAAAGUUGAUCGAUUUUUCCGCUUGCUCGGCAGUAAGCUCCUCGACGUCUGCCGCCUCGGCAAUAGAUUCGAUACCCAGGAUAUUCUCUCCGCGCUUUAUCUGGAAAAAGCCGGUGCGCACCGGCGCAUCCGCCUCCUUCAGGUACGGAUCCGUUUCGCCCCAACCAUCCCCGAGGGAGUCGCCCCACGAAUUCUGCAGGACCCAGUACUUCGUUCCGCUCGAAUCCUCGCCCCAGCCGACCAAAACCUGGAUAUUGUUACUGCGAUGUAGUUCAACAGACUAGGUCAAUCUUUUACAAGAUCGCAGCUGCUCGUGCUGCUCGCAACCCGACUCAACAAAGCGCUUCGGAGCCGUCAUCAUAGGCCAAUUAUCAAUCAUCAAAUACAUCUGAUCUUGUUAACGCUCCUGCAGAUAAAAAGCUAAAAGAUCAUGAACACCAGGGCCAGAGGCAAACAAACCACAGUCACUAUAGCAUAGAAGUGGUGCAAAGCUUCAGCUUGUUCUACCACCGCGUGAUCCACUCUUUCCCAAUUUGGGUCCAUCGAAUGGUGCAGGGAGUCGAUGCCGCGGGUCUUGCCGUAAAUCCCGCUCUCGUAGUACAUGAAGGCGUUGUCGGGCUCGAACCCCAGCACAAAGGGUCCUUUGUCGUACAACUCCUGCAUGAUGUUUUCCUCGUCCGAGUAGAAGUAGCGACCGCCGUAUGAAACCUCAGGUUGGAAAUCCUCGAAGUGGAAAUAAUUUGUAAUGCAAAAAACGAAUCCAGCUCAGACGCCAUUUGUAGUCGGCGCAUGACAAAUUUUCCGGGCCCUUAAAGCAUGUCUGUCAUGCAGGUUGGGGCAAAGUGGUGCCCUUCUCUCGUGCCAAGCAGCACUCCAAUUCGUCACCCCUAGCAGGACAAUGGUCGGUCUCCAUUGCGUCCUCUGCAAUACAGUCUUUUUUGCCCUGCAUUUCAUGCAUCGCAAAUUAUUUCCACUUUGAGGAUUUCCAUUCUGAGGCUUUGAUACGCCGACGUAGUGGACGUCCUUCGUGCGGUACCUCAGCUUCUUAUGCAAUACAAAUUUCCUGUACAUGUACAAAAUGCUUGAGAAAUUUUCGUAAGUUGGAGCAUGCCACUUGUCAUGCAUACCCGACUGCACCACAUCAAAAACCUUUGCACCGUCGCCGCAAGCAGCUUCGGAUGCCACUUGUCAUGCUGAAUAGGAUUGGAAAAAAAGGUUGUCAUGCAGAGACAGCAUUUGUACGCGUACGGGAAAUUUACUGUGGAUACUUCUCUUGCGGACAAGAGGCAGGGAUCGGCUUGCACUCCGAACCGUCGCCCCAUCCGCCCUCCGGAGUGCACUCCUCGUCUGCGGGCGCCAGGCCAAACAACCGCGACCACUGACCAAACAGGUGGCUGUAC